AUGGAUGAUCUUAUGAACCGACUUCAAAUGGUUGUUUCGAAUGACGACGUGGAUCGGAAUUACGUAGCGUAAGUGAUCAAAAUACUUUAAUCGUGUUCUGUGACCCAUGGACUUAUCUGACUAACUAGAAUCUGUUUGAGCUGUUUUUACGAUGAGCAUAAGAAAAACGUAAAUGCAUGUGAAUUUGUGAUCACGAUGAUUUUAUAUGAAACUUUGGUAGUAAGCGUAAGCAAAAAACAAACAGUCAAAGGUUGAAUGAAAUAAACGAGGCACAAUAAAAGUGUAACGGCUCAUACAGAAAGAAAAGCAUCUGAGCGUUCGGCGACAAUUCCCAACCCGAUGAUGUGGGUUGUGAAUCAGAACUGUGGGUACCGGAUAAGAACGCCUCCCUGGGGCACUAUGAAUAACACAUUAUUUGUCUUCUUUUCUACAUCCGGAAAACCCAAAUGAGAUUACAAUUGCAGCCGGGACUUUGGAGUCAAUCCGUACCGAUGUGUGCUACAGGAAGUGCUGCUCGAGAGAAAGGAUAUGCUACGUAAGCGAAGGCAGAAGCAGAAGCUAAAAAGUCUUGCAGAUAUGGGAAAGGUUACCGCUGUCUUCCGGUGGUCUUUUACGGAAUUAAUGCUUAAUGGCUGGACAUGUUUCAGAAAUAAAUCAAAUAAAUCAGAGUUCGGAAAUUCGAAUCAAAACCUAAGCAACAUUGUAGGCUCGAAGAUGAACUCGACAGCGUUGUACGAGCACGAGGAGUCGUCGAAUGAAAUCGAAGAGAUAUUGGUACUGGAGAACAUAUAGCAGAAAACUGUUAUAAGAACUAACUGUACUCAUUUUUAGGGACAAUUCACGAAUCCAACGUUUCCGCUGGAGGAGGUGAACACUGAGAAAGACGAAGAAUGGCAACCAUUGGAGAGAAAGUAUUUGGAUGGAAUCACCGGUAUCCGAGAGGAAAUGAUGAUGAAGACGAUGGCUUUGGAAAAGGUAAGAGGAAGCGAAACCUCAGAACGGGUAUCCAAAGUAUGCUUAGAGGGAUCAUUGGAAUAUUUGUGUAUGCGUGUUUUUUCUUGAAUGUAAAGUAGGACUUAGAGCGUAGCGAAGCAAUCCGUGCGAUCAAAUCUGACAACUGUGUUAGCUGACGAAUCGGAUUGUCAUGACAGAAGAAUUCCCCAAAUGCUGAACGGCGUACGCGAUGGGCACUUUUGGUGCUCGGCGGCAAAUGUCACAAUUCGCCAAACCAUAUAGAAACAGCUAAAUCGGGGAUAACCUCGGGGAAUUUUCAAACUACUUUAAGUAUAUGGUUCAUAAAGCUAAAAAGAGAAGUUUAUCACGUUGCAGGACAUGGAAAGGGCGAUGGCGCACAGUGACGAGGUACUCAGGAACCAGCGGGACUUUAGACCGAUUGAUGAGAUGGUGAGACCACAGUAAAGUUAUUUUUGGAAUUUCAUCUUCCAAUACUAUAAUAAUGCGUUCAAGUCCAAUCAGUUGAGGGAGCAGGAUCAAUUGGGGUCUAAAUCUCAUAAUACUUUAGUUCUUAUAGAUCCAAUCCUCAAUCUUUAAUCACAAUGUAGUUUUAGAACGGAAAAUUGUAAAAAGGAACUGAAAUGCAAAUUGAGGGAAUAGGGAAUAGGAAACAAACUAUGAUUCAGAUUGUUGUGAAAAUACACAGGUAGCCUUUCAUGGGGGCUUAUUUUGACAUAAAUCUUUUAUUCGGGGUCUACUGUAAUCCACUAAAUACUCGCGCACAUGAUUUUCAUCUCCGUGUGCUUCGAUCGAGCUUUCAGUUGUCUUACGUGCACUUUGUUCACAACAUCCGCCUUUAGAAGGAUCAGAUCAAAUUUUUCUCAUAUCUAAAAGUCAAAAAUUGUGGAUUAAGUGCGAAUGCAGACACAUGCACUCAGUAGUUUGUCUGAUUGACUGCAGUUCCAAGAUCAAAAUUCUGUACUAACCAUAGUUGCAAAAAUAGUUCCGUUACUUUCAUUCUUUUCGGAAAGACUGAAAGUCACGGUUAUUCUUCCGCCUAUCUUUUAUAGCUGAUCUGCUAGCAGCUCAAUGAAACUCUGGUUGAUUCAGGAUUUCGGUAACGCUAGACUUUGUGUUGCGAAGAAGUUCGAGCAGGCAAGACAAAGUCUCAGAGGAGACGCUGCCACCAAGAUUCUGGUCCUUCGUCGUGAGAUCGAGCAACAGGGGUGAGUUAUCGGCUUUACAAAAAAUACUCACUUAAGUUUGUCACUGUGUCUCACCCCAAACAAGUCUAGAAUGGGACCCCGAGAUCCUUAUUUUUGCAGUCGGAAACGUCGUAACUUUGAUAAGAACACCACGGACGUGCUAGCCAACUGGUUCCAUGAACACCGCCAGAAUCCGUACCCGACAGAUCAGGAAAAAGCGGAACUGGCUAAACAGUGUAAUAUCAAGAUAUCACAGGUAAGGCCAGGAUUAAUGGGUUCUCCGGUGCUAGGAAUUUUGCAAAUUGUGUGUUGUACACAUUCUAGAAAUGUGUACGGAUGAUGACGAGGAUCCUAUCAAGAAAUCUGUGGGGAACCGAAGCAUAGUUUUGAGUUUAUCGGGUUCAAAACUACGCGUAAGCGCUGAUCGUACAUAGAGAAAUCGGUUGUAAUCUUGAAAUCUUGAAAUCGUGUUAUGCACAUUUUGUCGUUGCGUCCGUUUUUCACAUUUUCGUCACACGGAGUUUGUGCCCGAUCUGUGCGGUAUUUAGGGUAUGUCUGUAGUCUUAGGAGGCCAAUCGCGACCUUUUCGAGUCUUUUUCUGUCUGAAAUAAUGAUCUUUCAAAAUUUUGUUUGCCUUCAUUUUUUUGUUCAAAAAUGUUGACGUCAGCGUUCUGAACUUCUUUGUUAGUGUAAAGUGAUGAACAUGAUUCAUGCCGACAAGGCAACCUGAUCAUCCGAAUUUGCUGAAAUGAUAAAUUUCGUAUCAAAUUUUCUUCUCAGUUUGCAGCUUUAAUCAGCUUUUGAAAAUCAUCGCGUUGGCGGUGGGAUUUAUUUUGAAAAUACACUGACGCAAGUCUUGAGCUUUAUCCGGGAUUUUGUCCCGAUAUAGUCUCACUGAAUAAAACUUUUUUGGGCUUUCCGGAGCUCCGGUUUUCGAUAGGAUUAGAUGGAAUCACCAGAAAGUUCAACAAUUGAUAGGGAUUUCCCGAGACUUGAAAUUUUUCAGGUGAACAAUUGGUUUGGAAAUCAAAGGAUUCGGACAAAACAGCAAGCAAUGAAAGCACAGGAAGAAGAAGAAAAGGAACGUGCUGCGGCCGCGGAAUCUGAAGCCCAAAUGAUGCAAAACUCAAUGAAUGAGUUCAUGGGCGCGCAGAAUGCAAAGUCUUCAAUGCAAGCAAUUGUGAUUCCAGCCAGACAACAGAGUGUUAUGGAAAAUCAGAACGGUAAAGAGACCCCCAGAGAUUGUUCGUGUUUUUCUUCGCUUUUUUCGAUAUUGUGAUCACAACCUCCAACUCCCCGAAGAAUAGUAUCAUUCUGUUUUCCAGGAUUCGCUCAACAACAGCAUUAUUUCCAAACUGGAGGACAAAUGUCACAAACUGAUAAUGGAGACGGACAGGUAUUAAGAAACUGUGCUGACGUAAUGACCUAGUGCUCUUCAGCAAUUCUACACCGACUUUGACACGUUUGGAAUUAUUCCGUCCGAUCCAGAACACUUCAAUCAAAUGCCGUAUUUGGGAUGA